UUUAUCGUUUUAAGAUAGAUAUUUUGCUUCUCUGUAUAUCUUAAAUAUCAAGGACCUGUGGUGAGGAUGUUGUUUGCCUUAUUUGGGACGAAAUGAUUGCGAAAAGGGCCAAGAAUUCGCCGGGGGCAACAUGAAACGUUUAUAUGCCCUCCAUGUGAGAGAGUUUGUGAUGCUAUGUGUCUCUAUUUUCAUCUUCAUGGUAACGAUACAUGAAGGAACUGCUUUUCAUAACAGGAAGACCGCACACCUAAAGACAAUCACUUUAAAACGGAGAACCGACAAGUGGGCCGGAGCUUCACACGGAGAUGGUGACCCGCAAGUCAAAAGAGCCAUAGACAAUGAAAAUGUCAGACCCAUGAAAGAUACAAAUGGCUAUUUCAUUACGACAGUUUUAAAUCACAAAAGGAAUCUAAUUGCUUCCUUGCACACUGGUGAAACAAAGCCAAGAAGAUCCAAUGAUUUCACUUGGAAAAGAACUUACCUACCAUCAGCGAGAAAGCCCUAUUGGGGACAUUUCCUAGGCCUACAUCCUUGGUACGACCCAAACUUGUAUAAAAAACAGAUUUCCAACAAUGAACCAGUGGUAGACGAUGAGCCUUUCAUUGUUUUGCCACCUGAUAACACAAUAAACACUAAAGAUGAGGCUUUCAAACUGGACGAGGAAGCUGAAACUGCGGCACCAACGGCAAAGAAGAUACCUACCACGACACCUACAACGCCUACGACACCAACAACGCCUACUACACCCACAACAACACCCACGACGCUCACGACACCGUUAACAACUCCAACUACCCUACCCCCGAUAACAACCCCUCUGCCAACAACCCCACCAACCACUCCUCCGACACCGCAGCCCGCGCCACCAACCCCACGACCUAUCCCACCGCCGCCUGCACGGCCACAAAUCAUAGACAUCCAGUCUGAAAACCCUUUACUUAAAAGAGGGACACCACCAGUUCCUGCCAACAUCAAUCUAAAUCUAGAGAUUGGGGAUAACGGCGAAACGGCUGAGGCUGAACAACAUGAAAAUGUACCGAUGUCACCAACACCACGCGUGAUUUAUGCUCAAACCUUGCCCGCUCCCGCAGAAUCUACCCCACAGCCUUCUCCCCAAAUAAUCAUUGCACAAAUGCCUGCCGCCUCGGAAGCGUCACCAGCCGGUCAACAACCUCAAAUAGUAAUGGCACAACCUGCUCAAGCACAAUCUCAACCCCAGUAUGCCCUCGCACCUGCACCUUCACCGCCGCCACAACCACAAUACAUUAUUGCUCCUCCACCCCCAGUGCCAGCUCCCCCACCACAAUACAUAAUUGCAUCUCCACCAGAGCCUCAACCGGCUCCAGCUCCAGCUCCCGUAAUUGUUCCUGCACCACCACCGGCUCCUAUAAUGUAUCAACAACCAAUGGUGCAAUCACCUCCAGCCCCCGUUUACACCCCUGCAGUGUAUUUGGCUGAAGCUUCGCCACCCAGAACCGUUAUUGCCACACCUUCGUCACAAAAUUUUGCUGCUCCACCUGGACAAGUGACUAUAGCCGCAUCACCGCCGGCAGCAAUAACGGUGUCCUCGUCAGCACCUGCGGCACCAAUGGGAGGACUAAAUAACAUGUUAAUGUCCAACCCUGUUAUGGGACUACCUUCGUUAAAUCCAGUUUCUCCUCUUCUCUUAAACAAUAGGCUUAUGACACAGGGAGGGUCUUUAUAUCCCGGAGGCAUGGGCAGUUUGCAGUCACCAUUAAUGCAAUCUUUAGGCUUACCUUUGCCUUCGUACGCUUCCCCACUCAACCAACAAUUACAAUACCCUUCAUCACUCAUGUAUCCCUCCCCUCUUUCGCUACCUGGUAUCCAACAGUUCCCUAAUGUCCUCUCCUCUAUUGGCCAAACAGGCUAUGAUCCCCUUCUGUAUAAUGGUUUAACCGGAAUGUUUGCCAAUGCCAUUCGCUCUUCCAUGACCCAGUCUCAGCCGAAUGCCCUUGCAUCUGCCUUGGCUCUCGCUGCAACUCAAGCUCAGGCGCGAAACCAGCCGCCAGACCUUUUAACAGCUGCUCUUGUACAAGCCUUGGCACAAAACAUGCAGCAAGGUAUUCAACCAAUCAGUAAUGAUAGAUUAGUGCAAGCGUUGUCGCAAGCACUGUCACAGGCUCAACCUAGCAUGCGGCAGAUCCCCAACCCUGCUCCUGCCCCUGCACCUCCCGCCUCUUCGUUACCACCGCCACCAAACCCACCACAACGUUCCGGUCCUCCAGUGCCGCUAUAUCAAGUGGUUCCCACUGUGACGAGACAAGACGCUCCCCCUCGGGCUUCAAGGUCCAACGCAAGUAGAAAUGAGUAUUCUGUGAAUACAGUUGGAAAGGCUUUAGCUAAUGCCCUGAUAAAGGCGGCAAGAAAAGUUGCUAGUCAAAACACACGUCCAGGUAAAAGACAACAUAAAGGGUCUCGCCACAGACAUCACAAGGCCGAUAGCGAUGGUCGGUAUGAUGAUGACGAGCAUUAUAAUGUUCGUUCAUUUGUUCCUCUUUUAUAUGCACACUCUCCCGACUAUAAGUACGAAAAACUACAUCGUAUGAUCAAUCAAUGGGAAGGAAAGGACAUGAUAAAAUAUUACGCAAUGUUUCGCACAUUCUGGAGGCGUGUUGUUCACCCUUGUUACUCUAGAGCCUGUUUAAUUUGCCAGAGAUGUCUUGAAUAGUUCGUAACUUCAAGCAACCUGUGAGAUAAGUAAAAAAUACAUUUUGUAAAUACAAAUUCAACCAUAUUCUUUUGUAUAGAUUCGUAAAUGUGCUGCUUCAAAUUUUGCCAUCUUGCAACGUAAAAACAAGAGAUGUAAAGGGUUUGUGUAUAUCUAAUUGUGCCGUUGCUUACGCUGCGUUCAACAUGCACGUUAAAUGGACAACAGAAUUUGAAGAUGCAGCAGUCCCAAGACAAUUAGGCCUACUUUAUAUUCAGGUAGUACCAAAAAAAUCUGAGGAAACCAUAAAGCUGAACGUACCCGUAAGGUGGUCACAGGACUAACGUUUUGUAAGGUAAAAAAAGUUUAAAAUUCGUUUUCAUUGACAUGUUGACCAGUAAGUGUGUUGCAGAAAAAAUCUGAAAAGUACGUAAAAUUUUCCUCAACACUUUUUCCCAAUACGAAGCGAGACUAUUUCAGCAGGAUUGUAGGGAAGACGUGAUUUAACAUUUUUACAGUUCGAGUGUAGGUGAGUGUGUGCCGUAAGCUUAAUUAAUUAGUCCUCGGCACUUCAGUAAAAUUAAACGGUGGUUUGCAAUU